AUGCUGUUUGGUGUGAAGUUGGCCAAUGAGGUUUAUCCUCCUUGGAAGGCCUCUUAUAUCGAUUAUGAAGGCUUGAAGAAAUUUUUGAAGGAAGAUAGCGUAAAGGAUAAGAAAUCACACUGGAACGAUUCAGAUGAAUCCAGAUUUGUGGAAGAGUUGGACAAGGAACUUGAAAAAGUUUACGGUUUCCAACUGAAAAAGUACAAUAACUUAAUGGAGAGGUUGACUCAUUUGGAAAAGCAAACAGACUCGGAAACUGCCAUUAAGGCCUUAGAUGCUGACGCAUUCCAACGUGUUUUGGAAGAAUUAUUGAGCGAGUCUAGUGAAUUAGACAAUUUCAAAAGACUGAAUUUUACGGGGUUUGUUAAGAUUGUUAAGAAACACGAUAAGUUAUACCCAAAAUAUCCGUCCGUGAAAUCUUUGCUGGAAGUUCGAUUAAAGGAAUUGCCCUCUCACUCGGAAGAAUAUUCUCCAUUGUUGUACCGUAUCUCCUUUUUGUACAACAUUUUGAGAAGCAAUUUUAAUACCGUGUCUCAGCCCUUGGCCAGCGCUUCCAAGUUUUCGAGCAUUGCCAGUAAUGACAUAGACAUGAACUUUAAAAGCUUCAAAUUUUGGGUUCAUAAUGACAAUCUAAUGGAAGUCAAGACAAGAAUCUUGAGACAUCUUCCUGUGCUAGUUUACGCUAAUGUCCCCUCGGAGAAUAAUGAUCUGGUUAAUAGGUUCGAAUCAGAUAUUCUAAAUAAUGACGAAAUUGUGGCUAGUUCAAGUUCUAGUGGUAGUGCAGAGCAUGGUCUGGGGACACGUUCUUAUGAUCCGCUAAUCAACACUCUGUACUUUGACAAUGAACACUUCGAAUUGUAUAAUAACAAGUUAUUGAAGUUAAAUUCAGCACCUACUUUAAGAUUGAGGUGGACUGGUCAAUUAUCCGACAAGCCAGAUAUUUUCUUGGAGAAGAAAACUCUUAUUGAAGACGAAGCCACUGGGAAAUCGGAAUUUGAUUUAACUAAAUUACAAUUGAAACAAAAGUUCAUCAAUGGGUUUAUUUUCGACGGCGAUAAGAAAUUUAAAGACCAGACUUUAAAAAAACUGAAAGAAAGCGGUACAUCAAACAGAGACUUGGAAAAAUUGAAAGAGGAUUUUGCUGACAUUCAAGACUUCAUCAUCAAGGAUGAAUUGCAACCAGUUUUUAGAACCGUUUACACUAGGACUGCUUUCCAGAUUCCUGGUGAUGAUAAGAUUAGAGUAACCAUUGACUCUAACAUUGUUUUCAUCAAGGAAGACUCUUUUGACAGAGAACGUCCAAUUAGAGACCCUAAUACCUGGCAUAGAACUGAUAUUGACGCCAGCGUCCCAAGCCCUUUGAAAUUCUUAAGGGAAGGCGAAUACUCUAAGUUUCCUUAUUCAGUCAUGGAAAUCAAAGUUAAAAGUUCGCUGGAUUCCUCAGUAUCAGCCAAUUCUAUGAUUUCAAACGUAAAAUUGCCCAAAAAACAUGGCCAAUGGUUGAACGAUUUGACUAAUUCUCAUUUAGUGAAAGAAAUUCCAAAAUUUUCUAUCUUUGUGCAAGGUGUGGCAUCAUUGUAUGGGGAUGAUGAAAAAUUAGAUAUUUUACCAUUCUGGUUACCAGAUCUGGAAACGGAUAUCAGACAAGAUCCUAAGCAAGCUUAUGAGGAGGAAAAGAAAAAAUUGCAAAAACAAAAGGAGAUACAGAAAAAAAUCGAUGGCAUGAGAAGAUUUUCCAACAUCAAUGAACCUCAACGUCAAGAACCAGCAUUAGUACCUCGUGAGGAAACUGAACACGUUAUUUCUCAGGGUGAUUUGGAGGCUGACGGCUCAUCUGAUGAGGAAACUCAACAAGAAUCUCACUCGAAAAGAUUAAGAAAAGUUCGGAGAAGAAAACCAAAGGCUACUUUCUUAAGAAUUCUAGCUGGAAGAGAUCCAAAAUUAAUGGGAGUAGAUUCUGAAGAAGAGGAAAUUGAAUUACCACCUGGUGUGAAGAAACCAUCAAGUUUAUUGAAAAACGCUGGCCCUGUAAACGUGGAAGCAAAGGUUUGGCUUGCCAAUGAACGUACAUUCAAUAGAUGGUUAAGCGUAACCACUUUAUUGAGUGUUUUGACGUUUUCAAUCUACAAUUCUGUGAAAAAGGCGGAAUAUCCGACAUUGGCUAAUUUCAUGGCGUAUGUUUAUUUUGCUUUAACCCUGUUUUGUGCUUUGUGGUCCUACUCAAUCUACAUGAAGAGGGUUGGCAUCAUUCAGCAAAGAAGUGGCCAACACUUAGAUGCACCACUUGGCCCAAUCUUGGUGGCCAUCGUUUUAUUUGUCACUUUAGUCGUUAACUUUGUUAUGGCAUUUAGAAAUGCAGCAAAAUCUCGUCAAGAGUUGCAAAUACAAAAUUUAGAGGCUCCUGAAAGAAUACCAGAAGUAUUAAAACCACUACAAAACUAUUUAUUCAAGCUAAUGGGGCCAAGCAGCGAUUAA